AUGACCUUGACUGGACUCACCCCACCGCCAAAGCCACUCCGCGGACGCACGCCGGAGCCGCCUCGCUACUCGGAAAUCGCGGGGCCCAGAAUUACGGCCCCCGCCCAAAAAGAACGUGGAGGUCCAGGUCACUCGCCGCGGCCGGCGAAGGGGCUCAGCGCGGCGUCCAGCACAUCGGGGAUUCGGGGCUGGCUAGGCGCCCCCCGUUUUGUCCCCAAAGCCGUGCCCCCUCCUCCCAGCAGCGCAGACCCCGCACCCGCGGCCGAGCCGCCGCUCCUCCACCAGCCGCACUCGGCCCAAGCUCCAGCCCUAGGCCGGCCUCUCCCGACCCGCCUUCCCGUCCGGGGAACACACCAGGAGCCCAGGACCCAUACAGUCUGGCUUGCCCAGCGGCACUUCGCUCACUCGCCUCCGGCGCCGGCCGCCACCACAGCUGCACUUCCCAGAAUCCCUGCCGCGCCGCCCCAGCCGCUAGACAACCGCUUCCCUCCGCACCGCGCGGUUAACCGGCCCGUCACUGCAGUGACCGCCCGCCUCAAGUCUCAGGCGACACCCCUGCAGAACUCAGGCACGGGUCCCGAACGGAGCCGCUACCCGCUGCGCCCCUUCCGGAAAGAUUCGCAGUCCCAGAGGUCUUUGCGGCAGCUCCCGCCCGCGGCUCCCAGAUCCCGCGCGGCCGCCGGGCCCGGGACAGCGCUGCCCAGGCAUUUCGGGUUGGCGCAUCAGAACUGUCCAUUUCCUGUCCCUGCAGGUGACAGGGCUAAGAGGACACCCUCAAGGAAGCAGGUUCCCAAAGCCGAGAGGUCACCAGGCAGUCGUGGAGCUCAGCCUGGCAGGAAGGAGCAGGCCAGGGGCAGCCCAAGACCAGGGUCCCCCCGGAGGAAGCAGGCAGAACGCGGGAGAUGCCAAAAGGAGCGGAAGCAGAGCCAGGCAGAGAGGAUCUGUGAGGGGAGGAGAAGGAGGGAUGGGAGGGCUUCCCUCAAGGAGCAGAGAGCACCCCCAAAGAAGGAAAAAGAGGUGCCCAAGAAGGAGGAGAUGUGGAAGCCACUGAAGAAACACAGAUCACCCUCCUUGGCCUCCAGCGCCUCUCAUGGAGAGUCUCUGUCUGAGGAGGAGCUCGCCCAGAUCCUGGAGCAGGUGGAAGACAAGAAGAAGCUCAUGGCCACCAUGCGGAACAAGCCCUGGCCCAUGGCAAAGAAGCUUAGGGAGCUCAGGGAGGCUCAAGAGUUUGUGGAGAAGUAUGAAGGAGCCUUGGGAAAGGGGAAAGGCAAGCGUCUCUAUGCCUACAGGAUGCUGAUGGCUAAGAAAUGGGUCAAGUUUAAGAGAGACUUCAAUAAUUUCAAGACUCAGUGUAUUCCCUGGGAAAUGAAGAUCAAGGAUAUUGAAAGUCACUUUGGCUCUUCGGUGGCGUCCUAUUUCAUCUUCCUCCGAUGGAUGUAUGGAGUCAACCUUGUCCUCUUUGGCUUGAUAUUUGGCCUAGUCAUAAUCCCAGAGGUACUGAUGGGCAUGCCCUAUGGAAGCAUACCCAGAAAGACAGUGCCUCGGGUGGAAGAAGAAAAAGCCAUGGAUUUUUCUGUCCUUUGGGAUUUUGAGGGCUACAUCAAGUAUUCUGCUCUUUUCUACGGCUACUACAGUGACCAGAGGACCAUCGGGUGGCUGAGGUACAGGCUGCCCAUGGCUUACUUCAUGGUGGGGGUCAGCAUGUUCGGCUAUAGCCUGAUGAUCGUCAUUAGAGCGAUGGCCAGCAACACCCAGGGCGGCACAAGCGAGGGGGACAGUGAUAACUUCACAUUCAGCUUCAAGAUGUUCACCAGCUGGGACUACCUGAUCGGGAAUUCAGAGACAGCUGACAACAAAUAUGCCUCCAUCACCACCAGCUUCAAGGAAUCAAUAGUGGAUGAACAAGAGAGUAACAAAGACGAAAAUAUCCAUCUGACAAGAUUUCUCCGUGUCCUGGCCAACUUUCUCAUCAUCUGCUGCUUGUGUGGAAGUGGGUACCUCAUUUACUUUGUGGUUAAGCGAUCCCAGGAAUUCUCCAAAAUGCAGAACGUCAGCUGGUAUGAAAGAAAUGAGGUAGAAAUUGUGAUGUCCCUGCUUGGGAUGUUUUGUCCCCCUCUGUUUGAGACCAUCGCUGCCCUGGAGCAUUACCACCCACGCAUUGGACUGAAGUGGCAGCUGGGCCGCAUCUUUGCGCUUUUCCUGGGGAACCUCUACACAUUUCUCUUGGCCCUGAUGGAUGACGUCCACCUCAAACUUUCUCAGGAAGAGGCAAUGAAGAACAUCACUCACUGGACUGUUUUUAAUUAUUACAACUCCUCGGGUUGGAACGAGAGUAGCCCCCGGCCACCCCUGCACCCUGCAGAUGUGCCCCGGGGUUCUUGCUGGGAAACAGCCGUGGGCAUCGAAUUCAUGAGACUGACGGUGUCUGACAUGCUGGUAACCUACAUCACCAUCCUGCUGGGGGACUUCCUGCGGGCUUGUUUUGUCCGGUUCAUGAACUACUGCUGGUGCUGGGACCUGGAGGCUGGAUUUCCCUCAUACGCUGAGUUUGAUAUUAGCGGAAAUGUGCUUGGUUUGAUCUUCAACCAAGGAAUGAUCUGGAUGGGCUCUUUCUAUGCUCCAGGACUGGUGGGCAUCAAUGUGCUGCGCCUGCUGACCUCCAUGUACUUCCAGUGCUGGGCGGUGAUGAGCAGCAACGUCCCCCAUGAACGUGUGUUCAAAGCCUCCCGUUCCAACAACUUCUACAUGGGCCUCCUGCUGCUGGUGCUCUUCCUCAGCCUCCUGCCAGUGGCCUACACCAUCAUGUCCCUCCCACCCUCCUUUGACUGCGGGCCAUUCAGUGGGAAAAACAGAAUGUAUGAUGUCAUCCAAGAGACAGUUGAGAACGAUUUCCCUACCUUCCUGGGCAAGAUCUUUGCUUUCCUCGCCAAUCCAGGCCUGAUCAUUCCAGCCAUCCUGCUGAUGUUCCUGGCCAUAUACUACCUGAACUCAGUAUCCAAGAGCCUAUCCCGAACUAAUGCCCAGCUGAGGAAGAAAAUCCAAGCGCUCCGUGAAGUUGAAAAGAGCCACAAAGGCAGAGCCACAGCCAGAGAUUCAGAUGACACAGCAAAAGUCAGCUCCCAAAAUGCCACCCAGCUCCAAAUCACCCAAGAAGGUACGAUGGCUUACUCUGCCAGCCAAAGCCAGACUCCGGACAAGGUGGCACAGGGUCCCGGGACCUCCAGUUCCACUGGGGGGCCCAUGCUGCCUGCCUCCCAGAACUUCCCUCUAUCUCGGCCCCCUGGCGUCAGACCACAUUGGAGCCAAGCCCAGCCUCAGGCUCAUCCCUGGCGGUCCGCCUCCGGAAAGAGUGCUCAGAGACCCCCUCACUGA